AUGGACAAUUCCCAGUUCCGCAACCUCCUCCAAAAUGAUCGACAUUCAAAAGCGCCGGCCAGAUCCCCGUCGUCUGGCAUUUUCAAAGCACCUGCGCUUGGCUCCAAAACACGAGCUUCGAUUCCUAUGACACCUCGCUCGGUGAUUGGAUCUAAUGCAUCUAAAGAGUUUGUACGGCAGGUUGCCGAACACAAACGAGAACAAGACGGACAGCCUCCAAUGAAAAGGUUCAAGUCAAGCGCCGCACCAAAGGGUGCCAAACUCGCCUCUGGAUAUCAAGACCGCACAUUGGCUCGCCGGACCGGUCAAGAUGGUGAAGACACAGAAGAUGACAAGGAGAAACGGUUAAAGGCUCUAGAAGAGAUGUACCAACGACAACAAAUUGACGAAGCUACGUUUGAAAGCCUGAAGAGCAACCUUGGUAUCGGAGGCAGUAUCGAUAGCACUCAUUUGGUAAAAGGCCUAGACUGGAAGUUGCUUGAAAGAGUCCGACGAGGAGAGGACAUUAAUAAUGACCCUGUGAAGGCCAGAGGGACCACCCCAGAAGCUGCCAAAGUUGACGUGGACGAUGAACUGGAUCAGGUACUGGACAAAGAUGUCCAGACACGGGCUCCGACUUUCAGGAAGGACGAAACUGAGGCACCCAUAGACGAACCGUAUGAAGGGCAGCCAGUAACACGAGACGAAAUCCUACGGCGCUGGAAAGAGGGUCGUGCUGGGAUACAAAGGGAAACUCCCCCGGAACCUGCUCUUGGAGACCGCUUUAAAAAGGUGGGCUCCGAGAAAUCGAGCAACAAGAGGAAGUUCAUAGAGGUUGUGAAUGGACGGCGAAGGGAAGUUCUCGUCAUCACAAAUAAAGACUGGACGAGAAAAAGGAAAACUCGAUGGAUCGACAAAGGAGGGGAUGAAGAAUACCGCAAAGAGACACAGCCUCUUGGAAUGGAGGUGCCGGCAGAAUUUCUAGAGAGGCAAAAAGCAAUAUCAGCUCAACAAGCAGCCGAGGAUGAAGACGACGACAUCUUUCAAGGUGUUGCUGAGUACGAUCCCCUGGCCGCCAUCAACAGUGAUUCCGAAGAUCCAGAUGGUGACGGUGACGGAAAGAAGAAAACGGAAAGGACAACUGCGACGGAGACCAAAGUGGCCCCCGCAAGUGACAAGCCACGAAAUUACUUUUCCACGAGUCAUCAAACAGACGAGGGCGAGGACCGAAUCAAUCCCAUUUCGAAAGAUCCUACACUCCUUGCAGCUAUCAAGCGGGCGGCGGGCUUGCGACGGAGUGAAGAGGCAGGUGGAGGGGAGAUGGCUGAUUCGGAUCCCGACCGAGCAGCGAGGCAACAACAAUUGCUGGCGCGGCUAAAGGCGCGAGAUCGGGCGGACGCAGCAGAUAUGGACCUUGGAUUUGGAGAAAGUCGUCUUGGGGAUGAAGAUGACGAUGAAGAUGUUGUUUGGGAAGCUGGUGAAGGCACCACGAAAAAGAGUGGCCGAAAGCGAGGCCCGAAGAAACGCAAGGGUGAUAAAGACAACGUCAAUGACGUGAUGUCUGUUCUAGGGGGACGCAAGAACGAGAAAUAA